AUGUCGGAGGGUUUUGACCACUAUCGUUCCUCUGCGCUCAUACCAGGUGUUGAACUAUGGCCGUCUGAAUGGAGCGCUUUAAACCGAACCCUGUUAGGGUUGCCGAAGGAUCUUCCGGUUCUUCGGCACCUGCGUAUGCGCCCCCUGGAGCCUCGCCACCGCGGUGGCUUGCAUCUGCUGCACGCUCGCCUCUUCCCGAUUCGCUAUGACCCCAGUUUCUACGAUACAGCUUGCCGCGUGCAGUCCAAGGUUCCGUUGCCAAAUGAUGCGUGGGCGGCAUCUGAUAUGAUUGGCAUAGGCAUGUUUUUGCCAAUGUCGGUAGUUAGAUCGCAUUGUGCUUUAUCGGAGGUGACUUGUUGUGAAAGUUCGGAUUCCAGUUCGUCAUCAGGAAGUUCGUCGCGUCGAGCGUCUGCCGGCAGUCCUGCUAGCUCCGUCGAUAACAACCCCCCUACUGAUGGAGAAGACAGUGACCAAGAUUUCAAGUCACCAUCGACCGGCUCUGACACUGGCUCGUUGGAGGCGUCGGGUUUUGACUGCAUUCUUAAUGAUACAACGUAUGACCGAGAGAACGAUGAGUUUUUGGUUGGGUUUUUAACGAUUUGGAUUAACCGCAAUAUCUUCAGCUCAAUAGUGUCGGACAACGAUUACUUUCUGUUGGAGAAUUUUUACAACGACAUGAUAUUCCCCUUUUUGGAAACGUCUCACCACAUUAUUGGGGGCACUCCCACGUCGCCUAACUUCGAUAUGCUGACUUCGGACUCGUAUCGGUUUUUGUUUUCGACCCUUUAUCGCAACAGCGAAUUGCUGGAAUACCUAUCGAGCUUCAACUUAAACGAUUGCAAGACUAUCUACGUGCUUAGUGCCGGAGUUACGAUGGGCCUCCGGUCUCGCCUACUGGGCAGCCAUUUGAUAUUGUUCGUGCAAUGCAUGAUGUACUUUUGCUGCUACAGCGUAUUUUUGUACAAUGGGCACAUGUUCCACUGCGCUGAGGACUCACGUGAACAGGUGCUGAGCGCAUUGGAUUUGUUCUUGGGUCGGGAUGACGCUGGCGACUCGCUGGAGUUGAAUGAUGUCCUGGAGUCUGAGGUCGCACCCUUUCGGCUGUCCGCCUCGUCGGUUCUGGACUUCUUCCGCGACUGUGAUGCCAUGCCUAUUACUAUUUAUUUACACGUGAUCGGCUACAACACGCGCGCAUGUUCGAUGUAUCGUCGUACAAACUUCAUCUGCGUGACCCGCCUAAACGACUUCUACGUGAUCAACGGAUCGCACUAUCCGGCCAACCUAUUUGCGUACUACCUGUGCCCGCCAUGCGAGAUCUAA